UAAUUUUCCAAAUGGUGAGCAAGAACAAUAAUUCAUUUUUUGUUUCUUCAUAAGGAUUCCUUUGUGGAUAGAAUGGGGGAAGUCAACCAUGAAGAAGUAGAAAUUGAAAUAAUAUCAAUAGAAACCAUAAAACCAUCAUCACUACUUCCACCAAAAACUCCUCCAAAAACCAUCACACUUUCUCACCUCGAUCAAGCUGCCCCUUUGUACUACUAUCCUUUACUUUUAUACUACACUAACACUACUACUACUACCCCAACAUCACAAAUUCGAGUUGACAUAACAAGUACCCUAAAAACUUCACUUAGCAAAACACUUGACAAAUUCCACCCUAUUGCAGGUCGAUGUGUGGACGACUCUACAAUUUGUUGCAACCACCAAGGAAUACCAUUCAUUGAAACCAAAGUUGACUCCAAUAUCUUGGAUGUCAUGAACUCGCCUGAGAAAAUGAAGUUGCUUAUCAAGUUUCUCCCUCAUGCAGAGUUUCAAGAUGUGACUCGACCAGUCUCGGAUUUAAACCAUUUGGCGUUUCAAGUCAAUGUUUUCCGGUGUGGUGGGGUGAUCAUUGGCUCCUAUGUGCUCCACAAGCUCCUUGAUGGAAUCUCUCUUGGAACUUUCUUUAAAAAUUGGUCAACCAUUGCUAAUGAUGAGCGAGUUAAGGACGACGACCUAGUACAACCUGACUUUGAAGCCACUAUUAAGGCGUUCCCUCCGCGUACAGCAACUCCAAUGCUUCCUCGUAAUCAACAACUUCCAAAGGCGGCUGAAAAACCAAAUAAUAAUCCAGUCAAAGUUCUUGUGACAAAGAGCUUCGUAUUUGACAUUGUUUCUUUAAAGAAGAUGAUGUUCAUGGCUAAGAGUGAAUUGGUUCCUAAACCCACCAAAUUUGAGACCGUGACAGGGUUUAUUUGGGAACAAACCUUAUCAACAUUGCGUAAUUCUGGAGUUGAAGUUGAACAUACAUCGCUUAUAAUACCUGUAAACAUCCGCCCAAGGAUGAGUCCGCCACUCCCAAGAGGAUCCAUGGGUAACUUGCUCAAGAAUGCAAAGGCACAGGCCAACACCAGCAGCAGCAAUGGGCUUCAAGACCUUGUUAAAGAAAUCCAUUCAUCUUUGUCUCAAACAACCCAGAAAAUUAAUACUCCUCCUCCUCCUCCUCCUCCUCCUCCUACUACUACUGCUACAACAAUCCAUUCAUCUUUGUCUCAAACAACCCAGAAAAUUAAUACUCCUCCUCCUACUACUACAACAAUCCAUUCAUCUUUGUCUCAAACAACCCAGAAAAUUAAUACUACUACUACUACAGCAGAGGUUAUUUUGACUAAACGGAAAGUUGACAAUCCAGUUACACAGAAUCGAGAAGGAAACUACCUCUUCACCAGUUGGUGCAAGAUUGGGUUGGAUGAGGCUGACUUCGGGUUCGGAAAGCCCGUUUGGGUAAUUCCCAACGAUGGGAGACCCCCUAAGGUCAGGAAUAUGAUUUUCCUUACUGAUUAUAGGCAUCCCGAAACAGGCGUUGAAGGAAUUGCAGCAUGGAUUACGUUGGAAGAGAAACAAAUGCAAUGUUUAAAGUCAAACCCAGAAUUCCUUGCUUUUGCUACUCCUAAUUAGAGAUAUCCCACGCCUCUGUUAAUUAGCUUGUUUUAAUGUUUUUACCCCUUUUUUAUUUGUUUUUUAUUUAUUGUGUGUGAAAUUAUUUACAUUGUUGUAAGGUUAAAAUAAAAUAAAAUAAAAUAAAGUGGGACCCGCCGAUUUAAAUAUAA